UUUCUGGAAGAGAGACAGACUGAGACGUGAUGCAGUGAAAGUAAGUCCAGUUUCCUCCGUUACAACAGGAGAGGGGUCUGGAUUCACUUGGGGUUGGAGUCAGCAAUGUUCAGCUGCGUAUGAAAAAAGAAGGGUACAUAAUGGGUCUUCAGAAGAUCUCCAUCAGUGAAGGAGGGCCCCCUGUUCUAAAGGUGAAGAGAGCAGCAUCUCCAGCCCCCAGUGGAGUGUCUAUGAAGAGUGACCGGUCCUUGGGGAAUCCUCCAAACUUAAGCAGUGGAGGAGGAAGCUCUGGGUCUCGAACUGAAACCCAGAGAGGAGCUUCUCCAGAACCCAGCUGUGUGUCUAUGAAGAGUGACCGGUCCAUCGGGACAUGUCCGAAUUUCAGCAGUGAAGCUGUGACCUCUGAACCACAGGAGGAGAGAUCAGAAUCUCCAGCCCCCAAUGGAGUGUCUAUGAAGAGUGACCAGUCCAUGUAUCAUCCUCCAGAGUUCAGCAGUGGAGGAGGAAGCUCUGGCUCUCGAACUGAAACCCAGAGAGCAGAUUCUUCAGAGCCCAGCUGUGUUUCUAUGAAGAGUUACCAGUACAUGCUAGAAGCUCUAGGCUUCAGCAGUGAAGCUGUGACCUCUGACCCACAUAAGAUGAAAAUAAACAGUCACAAGGAAAAACUGGACCACCUAUUCAAGGAGCUGGAGCAGAAGUUUAUCUCACUAUUAAGGAAUGAGCUGAACACAUUCAAGAAGCUCCUGAGUCCAGAUUACCCAGCAUGCUCUGAGAGAGAGGUGAAGGAUGAUCAGAGAGAGUGGACCCUGAUGAUCACAUUGAACAUCCUGAGGGACAUGAAUCAGACAGACCUCGCUAACACACUACAGAGCAAAUUAGCUCCAGUGGGUCAUCCAAAGCUCAAAUCCAAACUGAGAGAUAAAUAUCAGAGCAUUAAUGAAGGAAUCUCAGGCUUUGGAAACUCAGCACUUCUGAAUGAGAUCUACACAGAGCUCUACAUCACAGAGGGAGGAGGUGGAGAUGUCAUUCAAGAACAUGAGGUGAAGCAGAUUGAAGCUGCAUCCAGGAAAAAAACAACACAGGAACGACCAAUCAAAUGCAACGACAUCUUUAAACCCUUACCAGAACAGAACCGGCCCAUCAGAACUGUACUGACUAAAGGAGUUGCUGGGAUUGGAAAAACAGUCUCUGUGCAGAAGUUCAUUCUGGACUGGGCUGAAGGAAAAGUAAAUCAGGAUGUUCUCUUCAUAUUUCCACUUCCUUUUAGAGAACUGAAUCUGAUGAAGGAUAAGAAGCUCAGUCUGUUGAAUCUUCUUCAGAGAUUCUUCCCAGAAACAAAAGGUUUGAAACCAAGACAUUAUAGGAGCUACAAGAUCAUGUUUAUCUUAGAUGGUCUGGAUGAGUGUCGACUGCCUCUAGAUUUCCAGAACAAUGAGAACUUGGAGGACAUAGAAGAACAAACCUCAGUGGAUGUUCUGCUGACAAACCUCAUCAAGGGGAAUCUGCUUCCCUCUGCUCUCCUCUGGAUCACCUCUCGACCAGCGGCGGUCAGUCAGAUUCCUCCUGAGUGUGUUGAUAGAGUAACAGAAGUGCGGGGUUUCAGUGACCCUCAGAAACAGGAAUACUUCAGGAAAAGGAUCAGUGAUCCGGACCUGGCCAACAAAGUCUUCACACACAUUAAGUCUUCAAGAAGCCUCUACAUCAUGUGCCACAUACCAGUCUUCUGCUGGAUUACAGCCACUGUUCUAGAGAGAAUGCUGAGUGAAGCUGAGAGUGGAGAAAUACCCAAAACCCUGACACAAAUGUUCACACACUUCCUGAUCUUUCAGAUCAAACACAAGAACCAGAAGUACAGUGGGAAAAGAGACCCUGAUCCUCAGCAGACUAGAGAAAGUAUUCUGGCUUUGGGGAAACUGGCGUUCCAGCAGCUGGAGAAAGGAAACCUGAUAUUCUAUGAGGAAGAUCUAAGAGAGAGUGGCAUUGAUAUUAGAGAAGUAUCAGUGUACUCAGGAGUGUGUACCCAGAUCUUCAGAGAGGAACAUGAGCUGCACCUGGGGAAGGUCUUCAGCUUCGUACACCUGAGUGUUCAGGAGUUUCUUGCAGCUUUAUAUGCAUUUCUCAACAGGAAACUUCCAAAAGAACAACCCAGUAAAUCCUUCAAGCUUUUCAACAGAUCAAAGAUCACUGACUUCCUCAACAGAGCUGUGGACGGAGCCUUACAGAGUGAGAGUGGACACCAUGACCUGUUCCUUCGUUUCCUUCUGGGUCUCUCAUUGGAGUCUAAUCAGACUCUCUUACAAGGUGUGCUGACACCAACAGAGAGGAGUUCUCAAAGCAAGGAGACAGUCAGAUACAUCAAGAAGAAGGUUGAGGAGAACACCUCUCCAGAAAAAUCCAUCAAUCUGUUCCACUGUCUGAAUGAACUGAAUGAUCACUCUCUAGUACAGGAAGUGCAGAAAUAUGUGAGCAGAUCUGGUGACUGUCGUCUUCAACUGGCCAGCCUCUCUCCUGCUCAGUGGUCAGCUCUGGUGUUUGUCUUGGUGAACUCAGAAGAAGAGCUGGAUCAGUUUUACCUCAGCAAAUACGAGCCAUCAGAGGAGUGUUUCCUGAGGAUGCUGCCAGUAGUCGAAAUAUCGAAAAGAGCUGUACUAGCUUCAUGUAACCUUGGAGUAAAGACAUGUGAAAUGCUGGGAUCAAUUAUAAACUUGAAGAAUUCUGCCCUUAAAGAGCUGGACCUCAGUAAUAAUGACCUGCAGGAUUCAGGAGUGGAGCUGCUCUCUGCUGGACUGAAGAGUUCAAACUGUAAACUGCAGAUUCUCAGAUUAUCUGGUUGUAUGAUCACAGAGAAAGGCUGUUCUUUUCUGGCUUCAGCUCUUAUUUCAAAUCCCUUCCACCUGAAAGAGCUGGAUCUGACCUACAACCACCCAGGACAUUCAGGAAGGAAGCUGCUUUCUGCCAGACUGAAUAAUCCACACUGCAAACUUGAGACACUCAGAGUGGAACAUGGAGGGAAAAUCAGAAUCAAACCUGGAUUUAAAAAAUGGUUCUGUGAUUUCACACUGGAUCCAAACACAGUGAACCGUUAUCUCUCUCUGAGUGAGGAGAACAGGAGGGUGAAUAAUAGAGGGGAGCUGCAGUCCUAUCCUGAUCAUCCAGAGAGGUUUGAUUAUUAUCAGCAGGUUCUGAGUAGAGAGAGUGUUACUGGUGUUACUGGACGCUGUUACUGGGAGGCUGAGUGGAGCGGGAGAGGAGCUGAAGUAGCUCUGAGUUAUAAAACCAUCAGCAGGAAUGGAUGGGGACCAGACUGUCUGUUUGGACGAAAUAUAAACUCCUGGAGUCUAAGCUGCUCUGACAACAGAUACUCUGUUUAUCACAAUAAUAACAGAACAGUUUUCUCCACCCCUCCCUCCGACUGUAGGAGAGUAGGAGUGUACGUGGACUGUCCCGCCGGCACUCUGUCCUUCUACAGCGUCUCCACUGAUACACACUUACACUCACACACACCCACUCACACUCUCACACACUUACACACAUUCUACACCACCUUCACUCAGCCCCUCUAUGCAGGGAUAUGGGUUCAUAAAGGCUCCUCAGUGCGUCUGUGUGAGAUUGAGUAAACCUGUGUGAGAUUCAGAGGCUAUUAGGAACCCAAGCUAUAGAAUUGUUUACGUAUCGGAAAAGACAACCCGGCUCACUACCAUUCAUCCACAAUUUUCACAAGACAACAACCUAUUUCAGAAAAUUAUUUAGUUCUAAAUAUGCUCAUGGUCUGGAAAAAGGCAUAAAAGCAGAUUGGAAAUAGUGGCUUUCUGAGCUAGAAACAAAAAAAGUAAUAAUAAUUAUAUGUUUUUGCCAAUUAGCCACAGAACACGAACUUAGAUAAUUUGAACAAAACUAGAUAUUCCCAAAAAAUGGUUUAUACUUUCUUUACAAUUAAAACACUUUUAGAGUUUCUGAAAAAAGAGGGGAAAAUGUGAAUGGAAUGUACACACACCAAGUUCAAUUCAUUGAGAACUCUUUUGAAACGUGGCUUAGCCAUGUCUUUUAGUGACUAUGAUUGGUUUCGGGUAUGUGAAUAGACCUUUCCUAAAUACACCUCUAUAGCUCAACAUGAAUAUUUAUUUAUUUAUUCAUCAAUUUUAUUUAUAUACUGUAUGUCUCCAUAAAAUGUUCUCUAACAUGUUCAAUUUAUAUUUUAAAUGUAAAAAAUAUAUACCAUAUACCGUAUUUGCACUACUGUUAUUUACUAUUUUUACUGUCAUUCCAUCUCAAUCACCAUCAAUAUUGCACUAUUGUCUUACGUAUGUUUAUUGUGUCUUGCUGUAUUGAACAUAUAGUGUCUCCCACUCUUUUAUAUUAUAAUUAUAUAUCUAUUUUUUACUUAUUUACUUAUAUUUAUAUAUCUAUUCCUCCCCCACACCACUGCACCUUGUUUUUGUCUCAUGUAUGUCUAUUUGUGUCCCUGCUGUAUUGUACACAUAGUGUCUCCCAUUCUCCUUUAUUAUAUCUAUUAUCUGUACUUGCUGUAAAAUUGGGAAGGAGAGUAACGUAAUUUCAAUUCUCUGUAUGUCCUGUACAUAUGCAGUAUUGACAAUAAAACUACUUGACUUGACUUGACUUGACUUGAAAAGCAAGUCAGCUCUAUCAUACAUAUGGUUGGGAAUAGCGACUUUUAGAAAUGUUCAAAGCUAUAGGAAGGAAGUUCACACUGUUCUACAGGAGGUGUUUGAACAGGAUGUUGAACUGUCACCUUGUAUCCAAGGGCGUAGGAGCGGGCUUGAUAUUGGGGGGGUACAUUUGCCAAUAUGAACCCAAGCCCACCCAAUAGUUUCCUAGAACAACAUUUGUGGAAAUUACUUUUAAUUAAAAGUAAAUUAUUAUUAUAAGGUAAUUUUACAACCUAAACAUGUUACUCCACAUUACAGCUACUGUUGUUAGAAAA